UCUUAUUUUCAUGAUUACAGCUCAUUUAUGCGCAACCACUGACCUCUCCAAAACAGUGUUUUAAAACAUACCAGAACAUUCAGUCGUAGCAGAUUCCUGAGUAGAUCUCACUUCCCCCACAUAAGCCAGUGACACACUGAAAUUCAUAGCCAAAGAGAAACAAAAAAAUGACGAGGCGAUCUGCCACUUGUUUGAGGUGUUGCUUGGUGGUGUUUGCGGUGGUUUCAGCUCUAGCAGUUUGUGGACCGGCCCUGUAUUGGAGGUUCAAGAAGGGUGUUAAGUUGGGUGAUUCCAAGUCUUCUUGCCCAACUUGCAACUGUGAUUGCCCUCCCCCUUUGUCCCUGCUCAAAAUUGCUCCUGGAUUGGCCAAUCUCUCAGUCUCAGAUUGCGGAAGUAAUGACCCAGAUCUGAAGCAGGAGAUGGAGAAGCAGUUUGUGGACCUUUUAACAGAAGAGUUGAAGCUGCAGCAAGCUGUUGCGGAGGAGCACACCAGACACAUGAACAUUACAUUUGCUGAAGCUAAAAGGGUCGCUAUUCAGUACCAGAGAGAAGCAGAAAAAUGCAAUGCUGCAACAGAAACAUGUGAGGAAGCAAGAGAGCGUAGCGAGGCAUUGCUCAUCAAGGAGAGAAAGGUGACUGCCUUGUGGGAAAGACGAGCGCGUCAAGUAGGUUGGGAAGGAGAAUAGUUUGUAAAACAUGAUUACUGCAAGUCGUUCUAUUGAUCUACGUCUCCCAGUAUUAUACCUACAACCAAGCAAAUGGCUUCAGUUGUACCCUCGUUACAGCAUGAGUGAUAUCUUCUCUUCCAAUUGUUGUCCUAAUGUUGUAUUGCCCAUAAAUGGCAUAUAGUUAUUAUGUUUUCCUUUAUAAACAUGACCCAUUUCAGUACAAAUAGAGAUACCAGUUCAAGAAUGGAAUUUGAAUAUGAAUGAAUUACUACCUCUCGUUAGCUUAA